AUGGCCAACAAAAAGAGCAAGCAGGCCAAGAAGAAGCAGGCAGACCAAGCUGCUGCCGCGAACGGCGACCACAACGGGGCUGCGGAAGUGCACGAGACUGAGCAGGAGAACCAGACCGGAGCAAAGGAUGAGCCUAUAGAGAUCUCAAGCGACACGCCGGAAGAGGAGAAACAGGUAGAGGAAGUGGUCGAGGAGGUCGACCCGGCUGUACAGGCGGAGCGGGUCAAGGAACAAGGCAACGCGGCCUUCAAGGGCGGUCGGUUCCAAGAGGCUAUCGGGCACUACGGCAACGCAAUAGAGCUACGACCUACGGAACCCACAUACUGGACGAACCGUGCGGCGGCGUACAUGGCGCUCAAGAAAUUCAAGCCGGCCCUCACAGACUGCCAACAAGCUGCGACGCUCCAAUCCGCGUCUCCCUCCCCAAAGACACUCGUCCGCCUCGCCCGGUGUCAGCUUUCCACGGGAUCGACCGCCCCCGCGCUCUCUACCCUGCGAACAGUCCUCGCUCUAGAUGCAAAGAACGACGCGGCUCUGAAGCUGCAGCAGAAAGUGCUCGAGCUCGAGGCGCAUCUGCGCAACCUGGAGAGCGCACGCGAGCGGAGAGAGUGGGGUAUGGCGCGGCUCGCACUGGACAAGUGCAUGCAGGUGAUCGAGGGCGAGGGCGGCGACAUACCCAUCCAGUGGCGCAUCUGGAAGAUCGAGCACGAGAUCGCGCGAAAGAACUGGGACGCAGCGAGCAUUGCGGCAAACGAGGCUUUACGGUUUGAGCCCAACUCGCCGGAUGCGAUCGCCGUGCGUGGUCUGCUCUUGUGGUUGACCGUCAAGACGGCGCAGGCAACACAGCACGUCCAGUCUGCGUUGCGGUUAGAUCCCGGUCACGAAGCUGCUAUGCGACUUAGGAAGCGAAUCAAGGAUGUCGAACGGCUAAAGGAGGAAGGUAACACUGCGUUCAAGAGCGGUAAGCUACAAGAGGCGGCAGACAAGUAUGGUGCAGCUCUCGAGCGAAUUGGCGCGGACGAGCGGGAGGGCUCGGGAGGACACAUCCGCGCGAUGCUGCUGUCAAAUCGUGCGACGACGCUUGUCAAGCUGGACCGCUACGAGGACGCGCUCGCAGACACGGAGGAGUCGCUUGUGCUGAACGCGAACUCGUUCAAGGCACUGCGCACACGAGCACGCAUUCACCUGCACCUAGAGAAGUACGACUCCGCGAUCGCAGACUUCAAAGCGGCAAUCGAGCAGGCGGGGCUCGAGGGCAGCGACGCGGACGUGCGCGCACUUCGUGGCGAGCAGCGCAAGGCGGAGGUCGCACUGAAACAAAGCAAGAGCAAGGAUUACUACAAGAUCCUCGGCGUCGAGCGCUCGUGUACGGAGGUCGAGAUCAAGAAGGCGUACCGCCGUGAGAGUCUGAAGCACCACCCGGACAAGGGCGGCGACGAGGAGAAGUUCAAGCUCGUGUCCGAGGCGCACUCAAUCCUCUCGGACCCGACGAAGCGCCAGCGGUACGACCUGGGCGAGGACGAUGACGACGCCGGGUUCGGCGGCGGCGGCAUGGGCGGUGGUGUCGACCUGUCCGACCUCUUCGCCCAGUUCCAUGGUGCAGGGUUUGGUGGCGGACAUGGCGGGUUCGGCGGUGCUGGGCGUGGCCCGGGCUUCUCAUCCUUCGGCGGAGGUGGUGGAGGCGGCUAUGGCGGAAGCGGUUACAGUGGGUACUCGCGAGGAGACUACUCGUUCUGA